CUAGUACUGCAUUUCCUAAUGUCAGUCGCGGCUGUCACCGUUCUGUCAUUUCUGUUGUUUACCUUCUCCAAAGCGAUCGUAAUUUCGUAACAAAUCGGCUUAGUGCCCUUAUUUUUGUUUUAAAAUGACCGGAUCAAUAAUCCUUGCGGGCCUUGGGCUGGCCGCCCUUGGAUUCGGCGGUCGGGCUUUGCUCCGGCAGAUGCCGAACGCCGCUAGCAAGAUGCAGGAAGCGAUCCAGAGUUUACCGAAGUUUGAUGCCGAAUCGAUGGCCAACUCCAAGUACUACCGCGGAGGGUUCGAUCCGAAGAUGAACAAACGGGAAGCGGCCCUCAUCCUGGGGGUCAGUCCGUCGGCAUCCAAGCUGAAGAUUAAAGACGCACACAAGAGGAUUAUGCUCCUGAACCAUCCCGACAGAGGAGGAUCGCCCUAUUUGGCCGCCAAAAUUAAUGAAGCUAAAGAUUUUAUGGAUAAUUCCAAAUAAACUGAAUAAUUUUGGUUUGCGAUGCGUGAAUAUUUUUAUUGUGUACAUAUUUUAUUCAUUUUUGUUAUAGAAAAUGUAAAAUAUACUAGGUUGCAUUAAAUUAAACAAUGAAAACCUA